CAAAGUGGCCCGUGCACAACCGCGUAAAAUUGUCGGAGACCCCGCUGUUGUCUCCCCGCUCUGUCUCUCUCUCACUGUUUCACACGCGCAACGACGAGAACAACAGCCACGAUGGAAGAGGCACAGGCACAAUCCAAGAAUGCGCUGAAGAAGGCGGAGAAGCAGGCCAAGAUGGCCGCUGCGAAAGCGGAAAAGGCUGCGAAGACACUUCCCGUUGUGGGAGCCAAGAAGGCCAAUGACUCGAAGGAGAUUAUCGGUAUCACGGUCUCGAAAGCUGAGAACUUCCCCCUCUGGUACCAGGAACUGGUCCUUAAGGCGGAGCUGGUUGAAUACUACUCUGAGAUCUCUGGAUUUUACAUCCUCAGACCGCCUGCUAUGUAUAUCUGGAAUGCCAUCCGCAAAUUUUUCCAGGAGAAGAUCGAGGAUAUGGGCAUUGAGGAAACCAAUUUCCCUAUGUUCCUGUCUUCCAGGUCGCUGGAAAAGGAGAAGGAGCAUGUGGAGGGUUUCGCCCCUGAGCUUGCCUGGGUGACUAAGGCUGGUGACAAGGACCUGGAGGUCCCAGUUGCUGUUCGCCCUACCUCCGAGGCAGUCAUGUAUCCUUACUACAGAAAGUGGAUCCGGUCUCACCGUGAUCUGCCCUUCCGACUGAACCAAUGGAACAAUGUCGUCCGUUGGGAGGCCAAGCAGACGACUCCAUUUAUCAGAACGAGAGAGUUCCUUUGGCAGGAAGGACACACCGCCCACCUUACUGAAGAGCUCGCCGCCAAGGAAGUGCUGGAGAUCCUAGACCUCUAUGCCGCGGUGUACAACGAAUUGCUUGCAGUUCCCGUCGUGCGCGGAAAGAAGACCGAAAACGAGAAGUUUGCCGGUGCUCUCUGGACCUCAACUUGCGAGUCUUACAUCCCCGCCAACGGACGCGGAAUCCAGGGUGCUACAUCCCACGCACUUGGGCAAAACUUCAGUAAGAUGUUCGACAUUUCUGUUGAGGAUCCAGAGAAGAAGCAAGAUAAGAUCCACGUCUGGCAGAACUCCUGGGGUCUAUCCACCCGUGCCAUCGGAGUCAUGGUCAUGCUGCACGGUGACGACAAGGGUCUCGUUAUCCCUCCUCGCAUCUCUAAACUCCAGGCGAUCCUGAUCCCUGUCGGCCUGACCGCUAAGACGACCCCUGAAGAGCGCACCAAGCUCUUGACCCAGCUGGACGAACUUAAGGCCACGUUGAAGAAGGCCAAGGUCCGCGCCGACGUCGAUACUCGUGACAACUACUCCCCUGGUUACAAGUUCGCCGACUGGGAGUUGAAGGGUGUUCCCCUUCGUCUCGAGUUCGGUCCCAAGGAUGCUGCCCAAUCGGUCGUCAGUUAUGCUCGCCGCGAUACCGGAGCGAAGGGCACGAUCCCCAUCGCUGACCUGGCUACGCAAGUCCCUGAGCUCCUGGAGACUAUCCAGAAAGACAUGUACAACAAGGCGGAUGAGUCCUUCAAGUCUCACCGCUUGGUCUUGAGAGAGUGGGAGAAGGUCGUCCCGGCCUUGGAUUCGCGCAACGUCGUGCUUAUUCCUUUCUGCGAGGAGCCUAGCUGUGAAGAGCGCAUCAAGGACUUGACCAAGAGCGAUGAGCAAGAGCCUGGCCCCGAUGGCCAGAAGCAGCCCACCAUGGGUAUGAAGAGUCUCUGCAUUCCUUUCGACCAGCCCGACAUUAUCAUCGCCAACGAGACCAAGUGUCUGAACCCGGAGUGCGGACGGUUCGCCAAGUCGUGGACCAUGUUUGGUCGCAGCUACUAGACGCUGGUGAAAAGCCACAAGUCUACUUCCGAGCGCUAGGGCGCAAUAGCAAGAGAAAAACAUCAGGAGUUGUUGAUUGAUGGCGUCGAGGCGGGACGGUCUAUAGCGUGAUGUUUAUCGUCGUCGUCCCACUGGGGUUGAGUACGUCGUCUUUUCGGUAUCCCAAGAUCAUGUUAAAUGAGGCAGUAUGCGGAUUCGUAUUGAUAUCCCAUGACGCUCGAAAUUAUGUAACUACGAGAGAGAAAAAAACGUGCAGAUAGAUCGUAUAGGGUGAUGUCUAAGGAACAUACAAAUUAUAGAUUUCCUCCGUUCUAACAAGUCGGGUAAGCAUAGGUCCUGUUUUCAUAA